AAUUCGAAAGUUUUUCUAUUUUCCUUACGUCAUUGAGGACAACUGUCAGAGUGACGUUUAGUUUGCGUAAAGAUAAAUAUGUCAAAAACACCUAAAACAAUCACGAUUUAACGCAACAAGCGAUGAAAUCGCCAAAACAACUGGAAAAACAUGGACAAAUAUGCGGUGGACUUGGAUCAGUUGCUCAACGAUUUUGAGUACAGCGAACUGACGGACGGUUCGCGCAAUGCGGAGCCCCAGUUGAACAAUCACGUCGUCAAACAUUCGAUCAACAACGUCUUUCACAGUCUGAACGAGUAUUUGAACACCGACAUCGCCCCCAAGACUGCUCAGAACGAUGAAUCGGUGGGCGGAAUUAGAGGACAAGUGAAUGGGGUGGAGAAAACCGAGGAGAUUGUGGUUGAAGAUGUGAAAACUGAAGAAGAAACAGUGAAAGAAGUGGUGCUGCAGGAAGAGGAAGUGGUGAAAAAUGGGGAAGAAGUGUUAGAAACUGAGGAAGUGGUGGAAGUUCAGGAAAACAAUGUGAAUAAUGAAGAAGUUGUGGCAGAUGUGGAAGAAAAAGUUGAGGAGUUAAUUCCAAUAAAUGAUUUACAAGUUGAAUGUACCUCACAAAAAGAGGAUUUAGAGUGCUUUAAUGAUGAAAGUAAGACUGAAACAGUGGGUAAAAAUGAAGAAUUGCAACAAGAACAGUUGGAAGAAGUAACAACUGAGCAAAACACACCUGAACCUUGUGAUAAUUCAUCCAAAGACCAAGAAAAAGUGGAGGAACUGAAAAUCGAACUGGAUCAAACUUGUGAUACAACUGAAACGUUUGAAGAUAACGAAAUUUCGGACUGUGAUAAAAACAACACAGCGACAACAGUUGAAACAGAAGAGAAAAUCGUCGGUUUUGGUGAACAUUUGGAUUUAAACGACACCGAAUUGAACGAACUGUUGGACAAACUUGAAGACGAAUUCAAAUUAGAAGAUGAACAGGAGUCCUAUCAGAUAAACGCCGACGAAAUAGAAGAAACAGUUACAAAAGAUGAAGAAAAUACUGAGACAAUCGAAGAAACAAUUGUUGAAAACAAAGAGGAAUCACAACAACCUGAAAAAGAAGCCGAAACAAAAACAGAAACCGUAACAGUUGUCGAAGAAAAACCAACACAAGAACAGGAAACAGUCUCGCGUCCGGACAAUCUUCCCCUAACCGACCAAUCGAAAAAAAUCGAUCUAAUAGGCGAUCCGGGUUCCACCCCGUACAACAACGUCUACAAUCUCCCCAAGGAGAAGCCCAAGGUGCAGGAGAGCGACAGCGAAUAUUCGUCAAGUCCCACGUUUUCGGACGCCUCCACAACGGACACCGCCUCUACUUGUUCGGCCGACAACGUGCCGCCCAUCGAACAGAAACAAUAUAAAAAAGAUCCUAGGCACAAGACUAACAUGAGGAAUCUCAAUGCGCAGAAGCAGCAAGCCAAGAGCGAAGAGAGUGCGGAAGUGGGCGGAGCCAAGGACAACAUGGAGGGAGGGGAUGUGAGCACGGAGGCUAGUUCGUCUAAUGUCGUCGACGAUCGGCAACACGAGCCUGCUGCUGAAAGCACGUUGGGCAAAAAGGCGCCGUACUGGAUGCCAGACCAUGAGGCGGACAAGUGUUUGCACUGUGACGCCAAGUUUACGGUCAUUAAGCGUCGUCACCACUGCCGGGCUUGUGGAAAAGUAUUAUGUUCAAAAUGUUGCAACCUCCGUUAUCGCCUGGAAUAUCUGAAUGGCGAGGCCAGGGUGUGCCAUCGUUGCCACGAGUCCCUCGAAAAUUCGGGUCAAAACAACGACCCCACACCCCACAGACCCAAUCCCAACAAUCCCGCAGAAUACUGCAGUACCGUGUCGCCCUUAGAACAAGCCGGGGCUGUAGUACCACCACCGUCAGUGAUGGUACCUGUUGGGGUGUUGAAACGGCAAGGGUCCAAUAAGGCACGUCACAAUAAAACUGUGAUGUUCUGCGACGGUAUAAGACCCGGCAGCGACCUCACUAAUCUGGAUAACGAUUUUAAUUACAACAACACGAAAACUAGUAGCAGGAAAGUGGAAAAGCAAAGUUUUAAACCCAGACAAGGGAUGAAAAUCGACCCGCAAACGAUGUGUUUUAUGUCCAGCGACCCGAAUAGUUUACCUCCAACCGUUAUCGUUAACAAAUCCGGUGUCACGUAUUCGGAGUGCCAGAACUCUGACACACUUGUACAACAGUUGAAAAAUGACCAACUUACCUUCGCCCUGGAUUUGAACCUUUACGUUCAUGUCAAAAUAAUUAACAUGGAGUGUUGCAUAAACAAAACUGUUUGGUGUUUCUCAACUGAAGGGUUAAUAAAUGUGGGUCAAGACGAGGUAGUAAUCCUAUUAGAAUUAAUAGAGGGUGAAAACGUGCCCAAAGAUAUCUUCUAUCACAUCAACAGCAUUUAUCUGGAGGCUGUGCGAGGGUCUUCAGUUAAAGAACUAGGUUUAUCCCUGCACAGCACGUCCAACUUUUUAGAUAGCAAAAAUCACGCCGGCUUCGUUUUUAUCAAGCCCACCUUUCAGUGCUUGCAGCAAGUGAUAAUACCCAAAGAACCGUAUUUGAUUGGCAUUUUGAUACAUAGGUGGGAGACCCCUUGGGCUAAGUUAUUCCCCUUGCGCUUGGUUUUAAGGUUGGGGGCCUUGUAUAGGUAUUAUCCGAGCCCCAUUAUUUCCACGAGGCACAGGGACUCAGUUUUCGUUGAAAUCGGGCACACCAUUAUCAACAUUUUAGCUGACUUUAGGAACUAUUCUUACACUUUACCUCCGAUUCGAGGCUUAACGAUACACAUGGAAGACAAAAAUACGACGAUGACAAUUCCUUCGAAUAGAUAUGAUCAAGUGAUGAAAUGUGUAAACAAUUCAACCGAUCAUAUCUUAGGAUUUGCGGGCAAUUUCAGCCCUACUGCCGACUCGCAUUUAGUCUGCAUUCAAGACACUCAAAACAAUGAGAACUGUUACAGCACCCACGCCAUCAACAUACACAAUAAACCAAGAAAAAUAACUGGUGCUAGUUUUAUCGUUUUCAACGGGGCAUUAAAAUCGUCAAGUGGGUUGACGGCAAAAUCGACGAUAGUCGAGGACGGGUUGAUGAUUCAGGUGUUGCCAGAGCACAUGACUGAGCUGAGGGAGAGUUUAAGAGCUAUGAAAAAUUACACCGUUAAGUGUGGCUGUAUUAACGCCGCCACCGACGAAAACGUUCACAUUGUUUGGGGUGAAAACGACGUCAGUUUCAACGAAGGGGUGUUUUCACCUGUGGACAACACGCCCAUGACUGGCGUGCCCUCGAUAAGGGUGCACAACGGCAAAGAUUACGUUUGCAAUAAUGGCAGUCGUUUAAUCAGGUGGACUGAAGUGUUUAUAAUACAAAACAAUGAUGAUUCACCGAAGAACCACGACCCUGUGGACAUAUCGAAAAUAUCCGAAAGCAUUGCCAAAGCUACGUGCAGCGCUUUGGUCAAGUAUUUGGAUCUGUUGGUGACAAAUAGCUUCUUUAAAAUUGGGAUUAGGACGAACUUGCAUUCGGAGAACGUUUCCUAUUCGGCUGGGGGCAAUAAUACAAAAUUACCACCGAUUUACAUGAAGAGUUUGGAUAACGAACUCGUGCCGGUUUUGCACAGGAUUACGUCGAAUAAUUUUGUAGGAAACACCGUUGUUUUGGAGUUGGUGUUCCGAAUUUUGAAUACGUAAUGUUGUAUAUAAGAGUCGACCGUUUUUUUUUUAGUUCUUGAAAGACAGGGUCAUCAGAUUUGGAUUAUAUGAUUAUAAUAAUUACACAGUUUAUGUAAUAUAAUAUAAUUUAUGGUAAAUAAUGCAUAUAAAAAUACUAAAAUCGUUAACUUACUUAGAGUAGGUAAUGGAGGUUUAUGUCAAUUGUAAAAUAUGUAUGAUGUUAAUUUUAAAUAAACACAGUUUAAACAAAUCAA